AUGUCAGGCACGUCCAGGCAACGCCCAAUCUCUUCAUACUUUGCCGACUUUAGUGCCGAGUGUGGUACGGCUUCACCCUACACAAAGGAGCCCGUCUGUGUGCUGCCACAUCUAUACUUGGGAGCCGAACACAAUGCUAUGGAUGUCAAUACGCUUUCAAGACUGGGUAUCACGGCUGUGUUGAACAUCGUAAAGACGAUGCAUGGCGGAUCGAUCCAUUACAAGAACCUCUCCUGGACACAUCACCAAAGAAACUUGCAAAGUGAAUUUCCGAUGGCCUUUGCGUUUAUUGAGGACGUCAAAAGCAUGGGUGGCAAGGUCCUUGUCCACUGUCAGCUGGGAGUCUCACGCUCGGCCUCGUUAGUGAUCGCCUAUGUGAUGAAGACCCUGCAGCUGAGCCUGACGGAUGCGUACGAGUAUGUCAAAUCGCACUCGAGCGUAAUCUCGCCCAAUAUGAGCUUGAUGUACCAGCUGGCUGAGUUCGGAAAGUCGCUUAACAAG